CCGACUGGAGAUGGUGUUUGCCCUCCACAAGUCACACAUGCCCAUCACAUUGACCAUCUUAUCAAUGAGCGCGCCGGAACCCAUGACCUGAAUCACUUGGACUUCAAUGCUUUCGAGAAUGAGAACAUUGAUGACAACAACAACAACAAUCAUUCUGUCGCAUCAGACCAGGAUGAGCCAUAUCAUGCCUCCCCUCCAAUUCAACACACUGCCAUUGUACGCUCCACUGCUCACACAGAUGCACCUAUUCCACGUCACAAUGCUCGAGGAGCUGCAGCCACUGAUCUUCUCACUCACCUUUCCAGUGCUUUCGACCCAGCUGCCCAGUGUAACCAUGAUGAAGAAUGGGCCAAUCACAGCCUUGCUACCACACAACUGCUCACCCAAGGCCAGCAGCUGCGUGAUUUGCAAGCCACGUUGGAAACCAUUGAACGAGACUGGGCAGAGCUUGCCAUCGAAAUGAUGGAGAUGAAUGGAUCCAUGCAUCGUCACCACAUUCGGAUGCUGAAAUGGAAGAACCUGCAUCAAGAGUGGUUUCCAGAGGGUGGGGGAUCCAUGAAGUGGAUUACUGAUGAGGGUGGAAGUACUGCAUCUGAGGCGCCCAAGCCACCCCGCCUUCAAAGGUGUGGCCCUUCCAGCCAUCUCAAGUAUGCUGAUCAUCCAUACUUCAAGGACUUGGCUGAUGAGCCUUGCAAGGCUGUUCAAAGGGAAGGGUCACAAGAGAUUUGA